CUGUUCCUCAUUUCGAAAUUUUUUAAAUUUAAAGUUGUAGGUGAGCACUGCCAAUACAUCAACUACUGUAUCGUCGGAGAACCGUGUCUGAAUGGUGGCACUUGCGUACCGGAAGAAAAUAACUACAAAUGUUUUUGCAGCUCUGGCUUCACGGGUCAUGACUGUCAGGAUGACUUUGACGAAUGCCAGGAACACCACCCAUGCCUGAAUGGCGGAACUUGUCUGAACUCCUUCGGCUUUUAUGAGUACGUCAAACUGUGUCGUUGCCUAUCGUUAUCGAUUGAUGAGCGGGACGACUGUGGAGAGCUGGUUUACGACCAGUCAGCUCGGUUCUGUCAUAACGGAGGUGUUUAUGUGCCUUUCCUGCGUACACAUAAUUGCCUGUGCAACGAAGGGUUCACAGGUAGGAUGUGCGAGGUGAACAUCGACGACUGUCAGCGUUUUGAUGGCUGUGAACAUGGAGGGACGUGCGUUGACGGAGUAAACUCCUUUUUUUGCUUGUGUUCCCCCGCUUUUACGGGAAGAGUGUGUGAACUGGAUGUCGACGAAUGUGAGCUAGACCCUGGACUGUGCCAGAAUGACGGCACCUGUUACAACAAGUUUGGCGAUUUCGAGUGUGCAUGCGUAGCCACCUGGGAGGGCAGGUACUGCGAAUUGAACGUCGACGACUGCAGAGACGUGAUAUGCACAAACGGCGGUUCCUGUCACGAUCUCAUUGGUCAGUUCGAAUGCGAAUGCCCUUCUGGAUUUACCGGCAUGAUCUGCCACCUGCGCGAUUGGUGCGUCUACGAUAAUCCCUGCUACGGCGACGCGCUGUGCUCCAUGGAUCCGGUGUUCGGCGACUAUCAUUGCACCUGUUCCACUUACUACGCCGGUGUUAACUGCUCCGAACCCCGGUGGCUAAAAAAUGCAAGUUUGUCCGUGGAAAACCGCUUAAUGUUUCUAUAG